GUCCAUCGGCCGAUACAAGUCGAGAGCCCAACACCACAGCCGCAUCGCUCGACGCCCCCGUGGCACCCAUCGUGGGAUCCCCCCAAUCACUGUCAAUCUUUCCCAUUUCUGUAAUUUCCUGGGCCCCUUUUCCGCACCUGAUUUGGCGUAGGCAGGGUCGACUCUCCGGCUGGUGCCCGGACCUCACGAUGCUUGGCUUCGGCAGCCAUCAUGGGAGUCGUGCAUACGAAGACGACUUCCUUUGCAAACCUCCUUACCCUUCCGGGACAUACAGACAGCAAUGGCGAAUAGUCCAGCACGACCAGACAGGCCGUCUUAGACUCUGUUCAGCGGGCCCUAAAGGAGGAUAUUUCCAAGAUGAGAACCUCGCUUAGCCCUUCAAGGACGUCUAGCCCGCGGUGCCGCUGUGCCUCUGGUCAUGUAAGUGGCCUGCGAACCAGCGGCGCGGGACAGAUGCUCGAGCAUUCAACGUGAUGGCAGGACAUCUUAAGCGGCACCUCGUCCGCCUAGAAUGGGCCUUGUCCCGUUCACCUCACGCACCACUUCCGCCAACAGCCGUGUCGUCCAGCAUCUCCUAGAGCACUCUUGCUCGUCCAACGACGUAUCUCACGUCAAGCCAUUCGUUAUUCUCUAUACAGCCUAACAAAGUCUCUCUUUGGAUAAUCAUAAUACAGCCAUAAUGGCACCUUCACUCUUUACCCUAGGCACGGCUGCCCUGGCCUUGGCUGGUGACGCUGUCGCCAAGCAGUUCGUCCUCGAUGACACAUACGACUCCACGAACUUCUUCGACAAGUUUGACUUUUUCGAGAGCAAGUACGGCACGGGAGAUUAUAAUGACGUCGAUCUCACUUCGGGCUACAUCAACUAUCGCACCCGUGUCGAUGCCCAGAAGCUGGGCCUCAUCAGCAAUGCCGAUGGCGAGGUCUACGUGGGUCCUGAUGCCCACAACAUCACCGAGUUCCCCGGCGUUGGCCGUUCAAGUGUGAGACUCGAGAGCAAGGCAAUUUACAACAAGUCUCUCAUGGUCGCCCGCUUUUCUCAUCUUCCUAAACCUGUCUGCGGUGCCUGGCCUGCUUUUUGGUCCUACGGUUCUCCAUGGCCUAAGAAGGGCGAACUUGACUUUUUUGAGGGCUGGAACAACGCGGCUGCCAACAAGCCUGCUGCCCACACCUACCUCACGUCCGAACAGGGCCAGUGUGUCAUCAGUGAGACCGGGCAGACAGCCAAGGUCAACACAGCAAACUGUGAUCAACUGGCUCCUGGACAAUACACCAAUGAGGGUUGUACUACUACAGCCACCUCUGCUGACCCUUGGGGCUCGUCCGAUGGUGGUAUCUAUGCUGUUGAGUGGACAGACGACUACAUCAAGUUCUUUGCCUGGACCCAUUCCGCAGCUCCCAAGAACAUUGGCUCCGACUCGCCCGAUACCUCCUCUUGGGGAACUCCUUCCAUGCUCAUCGCCAAUGACAAGUGCAACAUCAACAGCCACUUUGCCGAUCAGCGACUCGUUCUGAACAUUGACUUCUGCGGUGUUCUCGCCGGCAAUGAGUACAUCUGGAAGGACCAGUGCGCCGCGUCCACUGGCCACUCUGUCUGCUCGUCCUAUGUCGCGGCGAAUCCCAGCGCCUAUAAGGACACCUAUUUCAAGAUCAAGGACAUUCGUGUGUUCAAGGAGGGCAGCAUAGCAGUGACGACUUCUGCGUCCUCUACCUCGACAUCUGCCACAACGUCGUCUGCUUCGACAUCAUCUGCCUCCACAUCAUCCGCCUCGACGUCUUCGGCUUCGACAUCGUCUGCAGUCACGUCGACUACCAUCUCCACAUCGGCAUCUGCUUCGGUGUCCGCGUCUGCUUCCGCCUCAACCUCAACGACCGCCUCAAUCUCUGCUUCUGCUAGCGGCUCGGUCACGGCAAAGGACACGUCCAUCAGUGCCUCUGACUCCAAGACCGCCUCUGCUUCUGGCACUGCCUCUGCUUCUGGCACUGCCUCUGCUUCUGGCACUGCCUCUGCUUCUGGCACCGCAUCUGCUUCUGGCACUGCCUCUGCUUCUGGCACCGCCUCUGCUUCUGGCACUGCCUCUGCUUCUGGCACCGCAUCUGCCUCCGGAACUGCCUCUGCCUCUGGUUCAGCCUCUGGUUCAGCCUCUGGUUCAGCCUCUGGUUCAGCCUCUGGUUCAGCCUCUGGUUCAGCCUCUGGAUCUGGGUCUGCCUCUGUCUCCGGCUCCAAGUCUGCCUCCGCCUCUGUUACUCCCACUGGCCGAAUUACCACAAGUGCCACUGGCACCAAGUCAGCUACCGCCAGCGCGUCCGGUUCCAUCUCCAUCAAGUCCAACAGCAAGUCCGGCGAGGAUGUCUGCACCGAGAGCGACGCCAUCAGCACCAAGACUGGCGUAACCAGCAAACAGACACAGGCGGCUGCGACAACAACUCCUCCCGUCGAGCUUACGACCUCGACAGUCUACACCACUAAGGUGUCUACAAUCACCGCGUGCCCGCCCACCGUUACCAACUGCCCAGCCCACAUCGGCAAGGUCACGACGCAGAUCAUAGCUCUGUACACUACCGUCUGCCCCGUCUCAUCUGUCCCUGCUCCCAAGCCCACCGAGCCGGUCAAGGGCAACGACAAGUCCAACGACAAGCCCAAUGAUAAGCCCAACCCUGGCCCUGGCCCUGCCCCUGGCGUCUCGACUACCACCUUCACCACCGUCUACACCAUCACCAAGUGCCCGCCGUCAGUCACAAACUGCCCCGUCGGUAGCGUCACCACCAAGAUCGUCACAACAUCGAUUCCCUCCGCUGGCACCUCCGUGCCCAUCGUGACAAAGGUCGUCCCCACGGCCGCCUCAGGCCCUAACUCCGCCCCCGGCCUGACCAAGACCCUCUCCACGGUCUCCCCAUCCGGAGUCCCUCCCAAGCCCAGCGCCCCUGGUGGCAACAACUACGGCUCCGGCUCCGGCAACGGCACCAUCCCCAAGCCUCCUACCGGCUUCAACGCCACCGUCCCGGUCACCAAGGCUACCACUCUCACUGCCUCCAAGCCCGCGGGGACGGCCCCCGGUGCAUCAACAACUAGCUAUUCUAGCGCCAGCUCCCCGACCAAACCGGCUGUCGUUGUCAAUGCGGCCGUUCAGGCAGGUGCCAGCUUCCUGCUGAUGGCUGUUGGUGCCCUUGCAGCCUUGGCUCUUUGAAUGGCUACAACGCUUUAGUUCCUUUCGGCGAUGUUGACGGUGUAGAUGUUA